AUGGGUAUUAAGGGUUUGAAUGCAAUUAUAUCAGAUAAGGUACCAACAGCUAUACGUAAAGCUGAUAUCAAAACAUUUUUUGGUAGAAAAGUAGCAAUUGAUGCAUCCAUGUCAUUAUAUCAAUUCUUAAUUGCUGUUAGACAGCAGGAUGGUCAACAAUUAACUAAUGAAAUGGGUGAAACCACUUCUCACUUAAUGGGUAUCUUUUAUCGUACUUUGCGUAUGAUUGACAAUGGUAUCAAACCAUGUUAUGUAUUUGAUGGUAAACCACCUGAUUUAAAGGGUGGUGAAUUGGCUAAAAGAUUAGAAAAAAGAAAUGAUGCAAUUACCAAAGCUGAAGAACUAAAACUCAAAAAAGGUGAGGCAGAGGGAGAAAUAGAAGAAGAUUUACGACAACAAAUAUCCAAAUUUGAAAGAAGAACUGUUAAAGUAACUCGUGAGCAGAAUGAAGAAGCUAAACACUUGCUGGAUUUAAUGGGCAUUCCCUACGUUAAUGCACCCUGUGAAGCUGAAGCACAGUGUGCCGAGCUAGCCAAGUGCGGUAAAGUUUAUGCUGCUGCGAGUGAGGAUAUGGACACCUUAUGCUAUAAAACACCUUUCUUAUUAAGGCAUUUAACUUUCAGUGAGGCCAAAAAAGAACCUAUUCACGAGAUUAAUACAGAUUUAGUUUUAAAAGGGCUAGAUAUGACGUUAGAACAAUUUGUCGAUUUAUGUAUUCUGCUGGGCUGCGAUUAUUGUGAUACUAUCAGAGGCAUUGGUCCUGUUACAGCCUUUAAAUUGAUCAAAGAACAUGGUUCGAUCGAAAAUGUUGUUGAAUAUAUCAAUACCAGUGUCAAUACUAAAGAAAAAAAAAAAUGGAUCAUUCCUGAAAUUUGGCCAUAUCAAGAAGCUAGAAGAUUAUUUUUGGCACCAGAUGUCGUUGAUGGUAACGACAUUACAUUAAAAUGGAACCCACCAAAGGAAGCUGAGUUGAUUAAGUUUUUAUGUGAAGAAAAGGGUUUUGCUGAAGAUAGAGUACGUUCAGGUAUUAAGCGAUUACAAAAAGGACUAAAAACUGGUGUGCAAGGCAGGCUUGAUGGAUUUUUCAAAGUUGUUGCUAAACCUCAACAGCAAAGUAAGGAUAAUUCUACAGCAGCUAGAAAAAAUACAAGUAAAGGUAAAGUGACCAAAAAGAGGAAAUAA